AAGAAAUAGAUUAUUCAAGAGUCAUCGAAAACUCCCACACACUAAACAAAAAAUAAAAAACUCAUCUUUAAUUCCCUCUCACCUCAUCACAUCCAUUUUAUCUCUCAUCAAUAAAUUUGUGCGCGUGCCUCUCUGUAUCUCUUCAUUCUUCUUGAUUUUGGUAGUCGACAGAUUUCAAGCUCAAUUGUUGCCUUUCCCGAAUCAAGAUUCAGAAAUAUUUGUUGGUUUGAUCAUUUUGAUAUGGGUAUAUACCUAAGUACUCCUAAAACGGAGAAAUUUUCGGAAGAUGGCGAAAACGAUAGGCUUAGGUUCGGUCUUUCUUCCAUGCAAGGAUGGCGUUCCACAAUGGAAGAUGCCCACGCAGCGCUUCCCGAUUUGGAUACUUCUACGUCAUUCUUUGGCGUCUACGAUGGUCAUGGAGGUAAGGUGGUGGCGAAAUUUUGUGCCAAGUACCUUCAUCAACAAGUGUUCAGACACGAAGCAUAUACAGCUGGCGACAUAGGGACGUCCGUUUUAAAAUCAUUUUUCAGGAUGGAUGAAAUGAUGCGCGGUCAAAGAGGGUGGAGGGAGUUAGCCGUUUUGGGGGAUAAAAUGAACAAGUUCAGUGGCAUGAUCGAGGGUUUGAUAUGGUCACCUAGAAGUGGUGACAAAACCGAUCAAGUUGAUGACUGGGCAUUCGAAGAGGGCCCACAUUCCGAUUUUCCUGGACCAACUUCUGGUUGCACUGCUUGUGUUGCUAUUGUUCGAGAAAACCAACUUGUUGUUGCAAAUGCUGGUGAUUCUCGAUGUGUAAUUUCUAGGAAUGGACAGGCAUACAACCUUUCGAGAGACCACAAGCCUGAUCUCGAGGCGGAGAGAGACAGAAUCUUGAAAGCUGGUGGUUUUAUCCAUGCUGGUCGAGUCAACGGCAGUUUGAACCUUGCAAGAGCUAUAGGUGAUAUGGAAUUCAAGCAGAACAAGUUCUUGCCUGCCGAAAAGCAAAUUGUUACUGCCAAUCCAGAUAUAAACGUUGUUGAACUAUGCAACGAUGAUGAAUUCCUCGUGCUCGCUUGUGACGGCAUUUGGGACUGCAUGUCGAGCCAGCAACUAGUAGAAUUUAUACACGAGCAGCUGAAAUCCGAAAGUAAGCUUUCGGUGGUAUGUGAAAAAGUAAUGGACAGGUGUUUGGCACCUUCGACUGCUGGAGGGGAGGGCUGCGAUAACAUGACCAUGAUUUUGGUGCAAUUCAAGAAACCUAGUGCUGAGUCAGCAUGCGCUUCUUCGGUUGACAAGUCGUCAACGGCUUCUGAUGAAGUGCAGGACGAUUCGAAGCCUGCAGAUUUAUAACUUCAGAUUUUUUAUUUCUUUCGUUUUUUUUUAAUAUUGAAAUGUAUAUAAUUUAUAUUCCACUUGACUUGCAAUUGUUGGAAGAGUUUGUGUUGACUGUUACAGGUUUGACUUUGAUAAUUUAUAUCUAAAAAUCAAGAUUUCAAUCACCUUCAUAUAAA